AUGCCGCCGCAUGAGAGAACGGCUCUGCUGGCAAAGCCUCCAUCGACACAUCCCUCAUCCGCAGAUACGGCCGCUGUCGAGGACUCUGAGGCCUUCACGUUGCCCGAGUAUCAACUAUGGCUCUCUGAGAUCUGGCUCCUCACGAAAACGUCGAUUCCUGUAAUCCUCGCGUACACGCUGCAGAACUCCCUCCAGACCAUCUCGGUGCUCAUAGUCGGACGCCUCAGCCCGGAGGCGUUGGCGACGGCGGCUUUCUCGUACAUGUUUGCCAUGUCCACGGCUUGGCUCAUUGCCCUGGGCGGCACUACGGCCCUUGACACGCUGGCAUCGAGCAGCUUCACUGGCUCCACCAACAAGCAUGAUCUCGGCAUCCUUUUGCAGCGGGGGCUGAUAGUCCUGUCCGCAUUUUAUGCCGUCGUCGCUGUGAUAUGGGCAUUCUCUGAGCACGUAUUCCGGGCCCUUGGCCAAGAGGAGUACAUAUGCGUCCAGAGCGCUCAGUUUCUCCGCUACCUCAUCCCUGGUGGCCUGGGCUAUGUGUGGUUUGAGUGCAUGAAGAAAUAUCUGCAGGCACAGGAGAUUUACCGCCCGGGGACCUACGUCUUGCUUAUCACCUCGCCACUCAACGCGUUUCUUAACUGGCUCUUCAUCCACAAGCUUGGGUUGGGUCUCUACGGGGCUCCCAUCGCAACUGGUAUAGCGUACUGGUGCUCCUUCCUGCUCCUCGUGGCCUACGUCGUCUUUGUUCGCGGCAGCGAGUGCUGGGGCGGUUUCGCGCCGCGCCGCGCCGUCGCUCACGUCUGGUCGUUUGCCCGCCUUGCCCUGCUAGGCAUUGUCCAUGUCGGCACUGAGUGGUGGGCUUUCGAAAUCGUUGCCCUUGCCGCGGGCCGCCUAGGCACCAUCGCCCUUGCUGCGCAGUCCGUCAUUAUGACGGCUGACCAGAUCAUCAACACGAUCCCCUUCGGCCUCGGCGUUGCUGCUUCCUCGCGGCUUGGGAAUCUGCUGGGGGGCCGCAAGCCUAGAGAGGCUGCCCGCGCCGCGCACUCAGCUGCCAUACUCAGCACUAUCGCCGGCGCACUGAUCCUAGCUGUGCUCAUGAGCGUCAAGGACGUCUUUGGGAAGAUCUUCAAUGAUGACGAGCGCGUAGUGCGGCUCGUGGCCGAUGUCAUGCCUUUUGUGGCCCUGUUCCAGAUCGCCGACGGCCUGAACGGAUCCUGCGGUGGCGCCUUGCGUGGCAUGGGACGCCAAUGGGUUGGCGCCCUGGUGAACUUGGUCAGCUAUUAUUGCGGCGCGCUGCCCGGGGGAAUCUACCUGGCCUUCAACGGCUGGGGUCUUUCGGGUCUGUGGGUGGGACAGUGUGUUGCGCUGUACCUGGUGGGCGUCUUUGAGUGGGUCAUUGUCGGCAUGAGCAACUGGGAAAACGAGGUCAAUCGCGCAAUAGAACGGCUAGAGGCUGGAGGGAUGGGCGAGCAUGGCGAUGCCGAUGGCCUUGGCAGCCAAGGGCUUGUCAAUGAGCCGGUGUAG